AUGCGUGUCGAGACUUGCCAUUUCUGUUCGCAGCCGGUCUAUCCUUCCAAGGGGAUUACAUUCGUGCGCAACGAUGCUCGACAGUUCCGCUUCUGUCGCUCAAAAUGCCAUAAGAACUUUAAGAUGAAGCGUCAACCACGCAAGCUGAAAUGGACUAAGACACACCGAGCUCUGCAUGGCAAGGAGAUGAUAGUCGACUCGUCCCUGGUGCUCUCACAGUUUGCCAAGAAGCGCAACGCACCGGUGAAGUACGACAGGAACCUGGUGGAAUCAACGAUCAAGGCCAUGAAGAGAGUGGAAGAGAUCCGACAGCGAAGAGAGAGGGUAUAUACGAAGAGACGGCUGGCAGGCAAGAUUGCCAGAGACAGAAAGAGAGCCGAAGACAGAAGAGUUGUCGCGGAGGGCGAGCAUCUUAUCCGCAAGGAACUCAAGGAGAUGGCGGAGGGGACCAAGAGGCCAGAAGAUCUGCUCAACAGGAAAGUCGGCCUGCCUGUUGGCGAGGAGAAGCUGCGUGGGAAGCAAAAGACCAGGAUGUUGGUCGACGGAGGUGCGCAGGAGGAGAUGGAUCUCGACUAG